AUGUCUCCAAGCCAGGUUCAAGAACCAAAACGCAAAGCUAGGCCAAAAAGGUGGCAAGUAGGUAAUGGCAAGAGUGUCAUAAUUUGGAAGGAUAAUUGGAUCCCUUCGAGCCUAAUUGAUAAAGUUGUUAGUCGCAUUGGCAACUUCAGUGAUGCUAUAGUUGAUGGCGUCAUUGAUCCGGAUCAAAGACAAUGGAGAAAGGAUUUGGUUCUUUCAGCUUUCAAUGACUACGAAGCAAAUCAAAUUCUUAGCAUUUCUAUUUCCUACAGACUUCCUGAAGACAAAUUGAUUUGGUAUGACGAAAAGAAUGUGAGCUAUUAUGUCAAAUUUGCUUAUCAUCGUAUUAGGAAGGAAAAAGAAAGACUUGAAGCAAGGCCAUCUGGCAAAAACAGAAGUACACUGUGGAAGGAGAUUUGGAAAGUUCAACUCCCAAAUAAUGCAAAGAAUUUCUUGCGGAGACUGAUUAAAGGAAUUCUGCCAAUCAGAGCCAAUCUGCAGAAGAGGGGAACAAGAAUUGAUAUAACAUGCCCCCAUUGUUACUCUAGUGCUAAAACUGAAAGUUAUAUGUUUCUUUACUAUCACAUUACUAAACUUGUUUGGUUCGCCCCUCCUAUGGGCCUUCAAAUUUCUGAGCGUAUUGAUCUCAAAGUGCGACUGUUGAAUUGUUUUAAAUCUAGGGACUAG